UAUCCCGCUCGACAUGUUUUUCAGAGUGACCUUAAUAGCCGUGACGUUUGUUAGUGCUUUAUUUGCGGGUGCAAGUUGCAAUGAAGACGAUAUAGUCGAUUUCUUUAAUAGCGUAUUACAGUGCCUAACGCGUAUACAGCAAGAGCCGAGAGAGACACUUUAUCGAGACUUAGAUAACCAUGCUAGAACAAUUAACAGUCUUUUGUCCGUGGUUCGUUAUGAUCAAAAUGCCGAAACCAGAGAAUGCAUCGUUAUUCUCGAGACGCUGUACCGCACACUGCACCAAAUCACACAUCCGCUUGAUAUUGGAAGACCUGCUGGAGCUGGACUAGGACCAGUCCCACCACCUACAUAUAUCACAGGCCACAGAGGUCGUCCGAGAUACGACAUUUCGUAUGAGCAACUGUGUCAUUGUCUGCGGCUUGGGUUUAACUGGCAGGGAAUCGCAUCCUUAUUAGGAAUAGACCGCCGCACUUUGUUCCAGCACAGGCAGCGUCUUGAAAUCAGACCUCUGGAGUUUGCAGAACUGUCUAACUAUGAGUUGAACACUCUUGUCAGACAGAUUUUGCAAAGAACCCCAAAUGCUGGCGAGACCUACAUUCUGGGCAGUCUCCGGUCUCGCUCCAUCCGCAUCCAGCGUUGGAGGGUGAGACAAUGUUUACAUGAGCUAGAUCCUAUUGGAAGGUCACUCAGGCGCCGACGGGCCGUCAGAAGAAGAAUUUAUUCUGUGCAAACUCCUAACCAGCUCUGGCAUAUAGACGGAAACCAUAAACUGGUCAGAUGGAGGCUGGUUUUCCACGGGUGUGUUGAUGGAUUUAGCCGCACCAUUAUUUACCUCGACUGUCUGAACAAUAAUAGAGCAUCAAGUGUUCUGUCUUUGUUUCAAGAAGGGGUUCAAAACUUUGGAUUGCCAUCAAGGGUUAGAUGCGACCAUGGCAUGGAAAACAUUGAGGUUGCACGUUACAUGUUAAAUAGAAGAGGAUUAAAUAGAGGAAGUGUCAUUACGGGUCGCAGUGUGCAUAAUCAACGGAUCGAACGUUUAUGGGCAGAGCUGAACAGAGUGGUUUCAUAUUAUUAUUCAGACUUGUUCACUUUCAUGGAGGAACAAUGUAUACUAGACUCUCUGUGUGAGCUUCAUGUAUUUUGUUUGCAUUUUAUUUACUUACCUCGGAUCCAGAGGGCAGUUAGGGAAUUUAGGGACAUGUGGAAUAACCACGGACUGUCAACUGAAAGAGGACAAACUCCUCUGCAGUUAUGGCACAGAGGUAUUGUGAGUCAUAUUGGAAUAAACAACACAGCUAUAUCUGGCGUUUUGAACAAUGAAGAACAUGUUGACAUCAAUGAAAACAGACCAGAACCUGAACUACAGACCAGGAAUAAUGUAAUAGUUCCUGAAAACAUUUACUGCCCAAAUGACUCUACCUUGGCAAACAUUCUGGAAACAUUUAACCCAUUACAAAAUGAUGGUAAUCAUGGAAUCGAUCUGUUUUUGGCACUUGUACAAUUAUUGGAAAGACAACAGGAUAGAACACAGUAAAAGUGCUUUAUUGCUAUUGUUCUGACUUCGAACUCAUAAACAAGUGUUAACAAACAUUGCAUUAUGGAAAUGCUUGUAAAAUAUCCAACAGUUGAACAUUUUUAAAUUCUAGUAAAGGUUUAAACAAGUACUGCUUGAUUCUAAUAUUGCUUGAACAUUAUUUAAUAAAGUGUUGUCAUUAGAAUAAAAUAAAUGCCUCAAUAAGAACACUUCAUAACUUUAA